GUCGCCAUCUUUGCUGCAUUUUGUGUGUUGCGGCGGACGCGUGGUAUUGCCGGUUCUGGGCUGCAUGGAUUCGAAGAGGGCUGAGAACGCUACCCGUCAACUGAUCAUCAAUAAAUUCAAGAACAAACGACGUGGAGACGACUCCAAAGAGGUCACCGACAGAAAACGGCGGCGCUCCGGUGUACUGAACUAUCUGCCAGCGGACAAGGAGGACGAGGGAUGCGGUGACCUGCGCUACAAACUCCGGCAAGGCAUGCUGCGUGGAGCUGAGCUUGAUGAAGCGAUGUCGAAGACGUUUGCGGACAGAAGGAUCCUGGUGGUGACGAAGAGGCUAUCCGUACCCAAGCUGAAGAAGCUCUACCCUGCCCUCUUUCAGGAAAUGGAGAUCUGGGCGGAGCUUGCCCGAAUCAGGGGCGGUGGAUCGACCAAGGAGAAUGAGCUGGAGAGGGCGCGUGAGAACCUUUCCAAGGUGCUCACAAAGUUCCAAGUCUGUGAAACGAAUGAAGCUGCGCUGGAGCAUGUCCUCAUCGAACUUCGCGAGGAAGACGCUCUUUACGCGGCACCGACGGCCGGAGGUCCAAUGGUUAUAUGGCGUGAUGUCCUCUGGGUCGAGGGAGAGAAGGUAGCUGAAUUUGAGAUACUGAACAAGAUCGACCAGUUCCUCACAUGGGGUGCUGCGUUCUCGGUGUUCGCUCAAAAGCCGACCAAGAAAAGCACGCGGUGCUCCGCAUACCUGGCAACCGUUAUGGUUCUCCAAACAGACGUGCUGAAGCCCCCGAAAGGCCUGGAGCGUAUCACUCAGUAAGCGUCAAGCUCAGUAGAUUCGUGUCGCCUGACUGUCCAUCUGAGGCCCGACUGAGUCGGGUAAGACUUACCUUUUUCCGUCUUGCGGAACUUCUUCACUGUCAGUGGGCCGAGAUAGUCGUGUGUUGAAAGGUCGUCUCAUGUCGACUCUCGCCUCUGGCAGGUCAGCCAUCCUGGGUAGCUGAGGGGUGGCUCUGCGGUUGCGGCAGAACGCACACUUCUGUUGACACACUUCUG